AUGGCCACGCCGGGCGCGGAUCGCGCUACGGCGCUCCGCAAAGAGGCCAAGGCUCAGAAACAGAAACUGGAGUCGGUGCUGCGCUUCUCGCACGCCGGCACUGCGCGCCCAGGGCCCGCGCCGUUUGAAAUGGAGGCCCAGUUUGCGCGAGGGGCGCUGCGGAAUACCUACCUCUCGCUGCUCUUUACGUGUGCGUUUCAGCGCACGGCACAUAACGUCGACGUGCUGGUAUGGAACGACACAACGUACAUUGUCAUUUCGGCGUUCCGCGAGCAGCUCGCGCGGCUCGAGAAGGAAGCCGCCUCGGCGCAGACCAAGCGCCGGCGUGCGCCCAAGGGCGAUCGCCGCAGCGCCAAGGUUGGCGAGUACCAGCGCGCACUCAAGGACGUGCGCAAGUUCCUGCAGGAGGAGCUCAAGUUCUGGGAGACACUCGCCGUGCGCAUCGUGCGCAUGUUUGGCCUCGACGAGCUGCGGCCGGUGCUCCAGCGCCUCGGCCUCGACGACAGCGACGCGACGCGCGCCGCCACAACCGACCGCCACGCGGUGAUGCUGGCGGACGACGCAGAGGACGACGCGGGCUUCGACUUUGCGUAUCCGGAAGCGCAGCGGAAACGCGACGCGACACUCGAAAGCAACCGGCACCAGCUGCUCGAGACGCUGCAGCGCGUGCUGACCUACUGUGGCGACUUGGUGCGCUACCGCGAAAUGCACGCCGCGAUGCCGACCGACCUUGCGAAGCAGCGGAAGCAGCCGGCGACGGCGCGCCCCGCCGAGUUUACGCGGGCCAUGCAGUUCUACCACGAGGCGCACCUCUUGCUGCCGGACCACGGCAAUCCCGCGAACCAGCUCGCGGUCGUCGCGACGUUCCUCGGCGACCACUUUGGGGCAAUGUAUCAGUACUACCGCGCGCUGUGCGUCGCCGUGCCUUUUGACAAUGCACGCUUCAACCUCUACAAGCUCCUAGACAAGUCCUUGCACCACUGGGAGGCGUCGUCGGAGCGCACCGACGCGCUGCGGGCCUGGCGCCAGGCCAAGGGCACCGACGUGCCGACCAUCGACACACAGUGGACGGCCAAGGCGUGGCUCGAGUCGCUCGUGAUGCUGCACGCGAUGCUCGCACAGCGUGCCGAGCUCGACGCCGCCGCACUGCUGAGCGACGCCGUGCUCCGCCGCGUGCCUGCGCUCGCCGAAGCACCGGACGUACACGCGGCCGACUACCUCCGCAUGGUCGUCACGGCGGUCUGUGCGGCGUCGCACGCCACGCCGACGUCGGAGCGCCGGGCCCGUGCGCCGUUUUCCACCGGCCUCCCGGAGAGCUGGGCGGGGCAGGACGGCGACGCGGCUGUGCAGCUCGCGGCUGAUACGAUGCGCAUGGGCCAUAUCGUCGACCUCUUGGCGGCGCUGCUGGACAUCGCACGGCGUGCGCUGAGCGAGGGCGGACGCGCCGAGGUCCUCUUGCGUAUCCUUCCUGCGCUGCGCAUCGGCGGCAAGUGGGUACGUGGCCACGUCGAUGCACUCGAUGCGUUUGCCGCCGAGUCGGCGUCGACACUCGCGCGCCUCGCGCCCAGCGUGGGGUCGCCCGAGCACGACGGCGUCGCUCGCUUUGCCUCGAUCCUCGCGCAAGUCCCGCUGCGCACGCAGGCAUUCUGGCGGGCGUAUGCGGACGUUGGCAGCCUGCUGCCCCGCCUCGCCGCGUCCGAGACGCGGGCGCUGCCCGAGGACCCCGACCUCGGCGCGCUGCUCCCGCUGCGUGCGGCGAUGCCUGUGCCGCACAUGGUGGCUGGCGCAUCGGACGACGAGGGCCGCAUCAUCGACUUUCUUGCGGAUGUUGAUGCGAUUGCAGCCCACGAAAAGAGCCCUAUGCACUGGGACGCGGCGCGGAGCGCGUACGUGUACGGACUCGAGGCGCCCGAGAGCGACGACCCAGUCGCGCUGGCGAUGCGCGCGAUGGACACGCAGCGCGACGCUGCGGCGCCUGCACUUGCCAGUGGCGCUGCGCCCCCUAUGCUUGCCAGCGCCGCGUGGCCGCGCACCGAUACGCCGUGGGGCGGCCCGGUUGACGCGCCCGCGUGGCGUCCGCCGGCUGCGUGGCCCGGCUGGACGCCGCCGCCGACGUCGCCCGCGUCGAUGCUGCUCUUUGGCAGCGCCGUGCCGGGUUGGGCGCCUACCGAGUCGUCUAUCUGGGGAGCUCCCUCGCGGCCAGGCUAG